AUGUUCAGUAGUUUGGAGCACCCUGAGAAGGCUGAAAGAAUUGGAAUUGUUCAGCCUGGAGAAGAGAAGGCUCCAGGGACACCUUAUAGCACCUUUCAGUACUGGAAUGGGGCCUACAAGAGAGCUGGAGAGGGAAUUUUUACAAGGAACAGAGCAAGAAGGAAUGGCUUUGAACAGAGGAUAAUUGCCUUUGAUGAGCUUCGGACAGACUUCAAGAGCCCCAUCGACCAGUGCAACCCAGCCCAUGCAAGGGAGAGGCUGAGGAAUAUUGAGCGGAUUUGCUUCCUCCUGCGAAAGCUGGUGCUGCCGGAGUACUCCAUCCACAGUCUUUUCUGCAUAAUGUUUUUAUGUGCUCAGGAGUGGCUCACACUGGGGUUAAAUGUUCCUCUGCUUUUUUAUCACUUCUGGAGGUAUUUUCGUUGCCCAGCAGACAGCUCAGAGCUGGCCUAUGAUCCGCCUGCAGUCAUGAACGCAGAUACCUUGAGUUACUGUCAGAAAGAGGCCUGGUGUAAGCUGGCCUUCUACCUCCUUUCCUUCUUCUACUAUCUCUACUGCAUGAUCUACACUCUGGUGAGCUCUUAACUGAAAGAUCAUCACUAAGGACUGAAAAAAACAAAGGCUGGAGGUGCAAGGACGAGCGAACCAAGGGAUGCAUGAUUAAAAAGAGCAAAGAGGAAAACUUUGAACUCAAGCAGUAAAUAUGGUACAUGAAAGAGAGAUCCAGCAAAGAGAAGCAAAAUACCAUGGGAGAAUGGCUGAGUUAAUUCUGUUUGUCUCCUGUUUCUCAAUGUAUUGCAGCAAAUGAUUUUCAAAACCCAAGCAAACAAAAAAAUUGCAACAACGUGGGCCAAAUUAUACUACUGUUCACCUUUCCAGGGAUAAUGCUGCUUGGUUUAGUGGAUUCAUUAAAACUUUAAUGCCUGUAGUCCCUGCUGUCUUCCAGGAAGCAACAUUUCUUUUCUUAAGGACCAUUCUGGACUGAGGAAGCACAGGACAAGAUGAUCUUACACAGAGAGAAGAGCUGUACAACAUUCUGAAAACAAGCAGUGAGCGGACUUUGGGUGAGAUGUGUGACUGAACUGCAGGGAUGUUCUCAUGACACUAGUCAAACAGGGAUGUCAAGUCUCGUGGAACUACUUCAGUGGUUUUGGUUUGUUGGGGUUUUUUUUCCCCACCAAAACAACAAUACCAAAAGAAUCUGCAGUUUCAAUGUUCUGUAUUCUAACUAUAUGCUAUUCCUGCAGGUGAACAUCCAGUAUAUUUCUGUACUUCAUUUGUGAUGCACCAACACCAUACAGUGAGAUGUAGAAAUACAUUGGGUUUAACCUAAUCAGGCCAAGCACACUUAUCAGAAUAGAGUUCCUCUGACUGAAAAAAAAAAAAACCCAAACCAGGUAAAAGCUGCAUAUAUUUUAAGAGGAUUGUAACAUAGCUAUUAUAUUUAUCACAAUGCUGGAUAGCGAAUACUGGACCAGCUAAUUGUGGUCUGUAAUUCUGUUUUGUAGUUGUACUUCUGCUGUAAAAUUUAAGGUGGAACAAAUACACAAAAUGUCUUUGUCUUGUAUGAGGUUCCUAUUGAAAAAUGUUCCGUUUUUUAUAAUUUAAAGGUUUUAAAAUUUUGUCAUAGAAUUCUCAUUCUAAUUCAUUUAUAUGGGCUGCAUAUCUUUUUACUUAUAUAUGUAUAUACAAAUACAUAUCUACAUAAAUACUCACAAUCUAUUUACAUUUUAGGUCCAUCUGUUUGACUGGUCAAAGGCAUCAAGUGUCCAGAACUGCUGCUAAAUAUAUUUCAGUGCUG